CAAUGUGGACGGGGAUGCUCCAGGUGAACGCCGUCACGACCGUUCGUCUGUUGCUUGCAAGAUGUCUUCACUAGACGGUGACACAGAGUGCAUACCCGGAAAGUUAGUAAGUUUGAUCAGUGAACAGGUGCGCCUAAUGAAGGUUGAAAUUCUCAUUAAUAAUAUUCCUGUGAUUGCAAUACUUGAUAGUGGAGCCGAAAAAUCAUUUAUUUCUUCUGAUUUAGCUCGUGACUUAAAACUUGACAUUUCGAAAAGUGAAAGUGUUUUCAGUGCAAUUGGUGAGAAAACAUUUAAAACUCUUGGCACUGUAAAGACGCCUCUAAUGAUUCAUGGCGUCGAAAUGUGCAAUAUCAAUCUUAUUGUGUUUCCUACUGUACCAAAUAAUCUUAUUCAAUUUGUUUUAGGCAUUGAUUUUCUUAGAGAAAACAAAAUUGAAUUGUGUGUAAGUAGACGAAUGAUCGCUAAGCAUUUAGAUGGUGGUGGAAGAAUUGAAAUUUAUAUCGAUCGUUGUGGCACACCAUUACAUGUCAUGUUAUGUUCUUUACCAUGCUAUGCUUCUUCUGCUGUCAGAUUGGAACCAGGUAGAGUGCAGCAGGUUCCCGUUUACUAUCGCGCGCCCGCUGUUGCGCCUGAUCAUUUGUUGAUGUAUUCGGAUGAAUCUGGUAAGGACAAUUUAGAUGCAAAUGUUCACGGUAUCGCUGGAUUUUUUAAUGUGCAAACUAAAUCUAUUUUAAUGGCGUCUCGUGACCUAAAUGUUGAUGUGAGGAAGGGUCAGUAUGUUGGCACUUUGGACUCGGUAUACCAGCUUCCUCACGAAGAGAGUGUGUCUCAAUCAAAUGAAUCGACUAAUGAUGAUAUUAGAAACCGAAUUGCACUUCCUGAACUUUCAAUUAAGCAGCAAACUGAAGUUUUUAACGUUCUUUCAAAAUAUAAAACUGUUUUUAGUACGGGAGAUAACGAUGUAGGGGUAGCUAGCGUAACUAGUCAUACGAUUAAACUGACUGACGAAACUCCCAUCUACCAACGUCCCAGACGUUUUCCUCAGCCGAUUACCGAGGAGAUAGAACGUCAAUGUCAGGAGCUCAAUGCGUUAGAUAUUAUCGAGCCCAGUGCUUCGCCCUGGUCAUCUCCAGUGGUGCCGGUCCGCAAGAGUGAUGGCUCGAUACGCAUGUGCAUCGAUUAUCGUAAAUUGAAUAAAGUUACUGUACCUGAUAAGUUCCCCGUACCAAAUCUGUGCGAUUCUAUUUUCGGUUUACACGGUACUAAAUUUUUCACUCGCUUAGACUUAGUUCGAGGGUACUACCAGUUGCCAAUUGACGAGAACAGCCGACAGUACACUGCUUUCUCUACCCAGAAAAACCACUGGCAGUUUAAGAGAUUAAGUUUUGGUUUACGCAACGCGCCGUCAGCGUUCCAACGUGAAAUUCAAGCUGUCUUGAGCACCUUCCCCUCGAACAAGGUCAUAGUGUAUAUUGAUGACAUUCUUAUCAUGGGAUCAACCUUCCGCGAACAUCUUGAUCUGGUGUGUAAAGUCCUUGAAACUCUGUUAAGUUAUAGUAUUAAAAUCAAACCCUCGAAAUGCGACUGGUUUCGGUCACAAGUGCAGUAUCUCGGUCAUUUAAUCACUACUUCAGGUAUUCGGAAGACUCCCGAGUAUGUACGUAAGAUUGCCGAUUAUCCCCAGCCAAAGACAGUAGGCGAACUAAGAGAGUUCCUAGGAUUUGUUAAUUUCCAACGCAAGUUUUUACCAAAAUGCUCGGAAACACAAAAACCUCUUUCUUGCCUUACUGGGGGUAGACGUUCUAAGAAGCUAGAGUGGACACCUGAAAUGACUAAUGCCUUUUCAAAACUGAAGCAGGAUAUGCAGUCAGACUUAGAGCUGGCUUACCCCGAUUACUCGGAAGGUGCUUGUAAACUAGAGCUCUGGGUUGACGCAUCCGCUUACGGUGCUGGCGCCUACCUAGCGCAGCUGCAGGGUGAGUCUCACAGGGUUAUUGGAUUUGCUUCGAUGACGUUCACUGGCGCGCAGCUGAAUUACUCGACUUUGGAACGUGAGUUGACUGCACUGAGAUGGGGCAUUAAAACUUUUCGUCCAUUCCUGUAUGGUGUUCCAUUUUUAUUGUUUACUGAUCACCAGCCAUUGGUACACUUGCAUAAUAUGAAGAUUGUCUGUUCUCGUUUAGCUCGAACUAUUGAGGAAUUGUCUGAUUUUGUGUUCGAAAUACGGUAUGUCCCUGGACACUUGAAUUCAGCCGCAGAUGCGUUGUCCAGGUUAAAUUGCCAUGUACCUAACCAAGAUGUUGCAGAUCUUGAACCUGUCCUUCCAUUUGGUUUGAUGUUGGACGGCCCACCAGUGCCCGGGGGUGGUGACUCACUCUUUGUGAGUCUACUUCGAGCAUUGUGCAGUCUUGGGAUGGGUAAAAAUCUGCCUCGUAGUGAAAAUGAUUUGAGAACAAUGCUCGUUGAUGAUCUAAUGAAUAAUGCAUUGAAGUAUAACAUCACGCUAGAUCGCGAAAGUCGAAAGCAGCUACGUCUUCUGCGUUGUAAGGGUCAGUUGCCUGCACUUGACGUUUUGCUUGCUGCCAGUAGACUUUUUCAGGUUCGCGUUUUUGUUUAUUUUUGGUCUACCGAACCAAUUGUGUAUCAAUUUGAAAACUUUAAACGCAUUGUUCAUCUGCAGUGCGUUAGCGGGAUACAUUUCAACCCUUUGAUUGAGGUGGUUAAUUACACUCCUCCUAUUGUACCCCAGACUGCUAUUAACUCAGUUCACUGUGAUGCGGUAGCGUGCAUGUCAUCGGAUGUAUUGUGUCCUGAGUCUGAUGAUGACGAUGCUCAUGAACUCACUCUGGAUCAUGUGUAUGUCGAAAAAGCUCCUAAAUUUUGCGCGCAUGUCCCGAGCUCAUUGCCUCAAGUUUGUGCAUCGUUUGGUGAGCUUCAAUACUGUGCAAUACUAGAUACAGGAGCUGAAAUAAGUUUAGUGUCUAAGAGUGUUUUGGAAUCACUCGGAACUGAUGUAGAAUUUAACUUGCUCAAUGAACGUGUAUGUGACAUUGUUGGAUUGUCAGGGGUGAGAACACCAAUCGAGUACACUGUAGAGUUGAGAUUCGACAUUGGAACUUACAGUAUGCCUGUUAGUCACAAGUUUGCAGUUGUUGAUAAUUUGGUGUUUCCCUAUUGCUUCUUGCUAGGCUUGGACUUCAUGAUUGAGCAUGACAUAAGCAUUGAUCUGGAGAGUAACACUUGUAAGCAAAACUUCAAAUCAGUUUCUAAGUUGGGGCCGAAGUCUAUUGUCUAUAGUCCUUCUAUUGCAGAGCACCAUCUUUUGCUAUUACAAGCUGACUUGGCCUCUUCUCAUCAGCUGAGAGCUAAGCUGAGCAGUGAUGACCUCAGAUUCGAGAUUGAGGGAAACUCCACGACCAUCAGUGGACUAUCAUUACUGAUGGAAGAUGAUGCAAUCAAGCAUGUUCAGUCGAAGUGUCCCGAGGUAGCCUUGCUAAAGGAACAUAUUGUGAAGGAAACUCCUUGCAAACGUUGGCCUAAUAUUUUGAAAAGGUUCUCACGACAUGCACACAGGUUGUCUGUAAUUGAUUAUACUCUUGUGUAUAAUGAUAAUGAUGUGUCUCAUGUAAUCGUUGUACCACUUAAUAUUGUACUGGAAAUCGCCAUUGUACUGCAUUUUGGUUUUGCCCAUGUAGGCAGAGAUAAGCUUUUGGACCUAAUGACCAAUCUUGUAUGGCAUCCAAUGCGAUAUAGUAUUGUUAGUGAUAUCUGCACUACGUGUCAUCAGUGUCAAAUUAUGAAAAUAUUUUCAACACCUAUUGUACCGCCUACCCUAAAAAUUUGCACGAGUUACCCUUUUGAACUUGUUGCUGCAGAUUUGGUGUCACUUCCGACGACCUCGGCAGGGUUUCUUGGCUGCUUGGUUGUUGUAGAUCAUUUCACCAAAUGGGUAGCAGCGGUGCCUAUAAAGAAUAAGAAAGCAGCCACAAUUGUUAAAUGUUUUGCAGACAAUAUUUUUCCAUUUUUGCCUAGAUUGCCCACAAACAUCCUUACUGAUAAUGGGCCAGAAUUUACAUCUUCCGAAUUGAACAAAUUUUUGUCAACCUGUAAUGUCAAUCAUAAGCUAACAACCCCGUAUUGUUCGAAAAGCAAUGGCGCAAUUGAGAGAGUUCAUCGUUCUAUUCAAAACUUUCUAAAGAAUCUUGUUGCAGAAUCCAAUACUUGGGAUGUACAUCUGUCUAAAGCUAUUAUAACGUAUAAUAACACGUAUCAUUGUGAAAUUUGCAUGUCACCAUCAAAAUUUUUGCUGACAAAAUCUCAUAGAGUGGAUGCUGAUCCUCCUCUCCAAGGUAAACUGCGUGAUACCUGGAAGCUUGGUCACCCAAAAUUCAUUCCAUUCAAAGUUGAGCAGCUGGUUUUGAUGAAAGAACAACAUAAAGAUUUUCGUAAUGUAAAUAAGUUAAGCCCUAAUUUUAGAGGUCCCUUCAGUGUAACUAAGGUGAAUGACAAUGGCCUAAUGUAUCAACUCUCUGCCCCAGACUCUAACACUGUUAUCAGAGCACAUCAUUCGCAGUUGCGUCAAUAUAAAACUGUACCUACCUACAUUGCUCAGAAUCCAUGUUAUGUGGAGGUGACGUGCGGCGAUGCCGGUAUAGGUUCUACUGAUUGCUCUAGUGUUGACUUUGUAGACAGUAUAGCGCCUAAUUUCGUUGAUGCGUUGUCUACUGACGAGUCCUCAGUGUCUGGAGGUUCUGAUAGGGAGGAUGUUGUGUCUUUAUGUAACAAUAAUCCAUGUGAUGUACCUGCUCAAUCUGAUAGUGUUUCAUGUUCAUCAUUUUCUGGAUUUGAUGAUUCUGUUGUCCAUUCAAUUACUGCCAACUCUCAGUCAAGUUCCUCAGGCCGUAGUGUUUUAAGUUCGACCUGCACUGUUGUGGGAUUGUGCAGGGGUUGUCAUUUUGAAGCCAGACUUGAGGCUAAUUCAACCUUUCUUGACAAUAUUGAGGGGUCUGGGGCGACGGAGGAAAUCAUGUCUGUAAGACCAGAGGCUCUUGAAGUGGAUGUGUCAGGAAAUAGUGCGUCAAAUGUUCGUAUAGAUGACGUGUACAAAUUAACUGUUCUUGAGUGGGAAGAAGAUAAUGAUUGACAGUUGUCAUCAUUAGAUUCUAACUAUAUGAUUGAUGAAUCUGGUGAAAAUACUGACCCUGAAGUUGCGACAUCGGCGCAGGAGAGUCAUUUUGAAUGUACCAAUGAGGAACCAAAUUGUAUUUCUCCAACGGGUAAUGAUGCUGAUGUUGCGCAGUCUAGUUCUAGCUCAGGAACCCUUGUUGAUGAGCAACCAAUUCAUUCAUGCGAGUCGCUUGUUGCUUCUGGAAGUAGUGAUUCGUUUUGUGGGUUUGGAGCUAGCCAAACCAGUAUAAAUAGCUUGCAUAAGUUGAAUGAAAUACGAUCUAAUGUCAUUGAUGUUGUAAACACAGAGUUAGAUGAUUUAGGUGCUAGAUCCGAAACUUCACAUGUGCAGCAUACUCGAUCGAGAGGAUCUGUGCCUUUACUUCCUAAUGUUCAACCUAAAGUAUUGGAGCGAUCACGUCGUAAGAAGUAAUAAAGUUAUAUUUUAUGUCUGUAAAUUUUA